UCUCAGAGCAUUUGGCCGCCGCCCCUCCCCUCCGGGGUGCCUCCAGGACCAAAAGUGGAAAGCAAGGCGUUGACCUCGCCUCGGAUCGGCGUUGAUUGUCACCCAGGAGGGCCAAUAAGCGGCCCGGUCUGCCUUUCCCGCUAUCGGCCACGCCUUCUGUUUUCAAAAUCCUGGCUUCCCGCCUCAGACCUCGUCUACUGAAGCGGCGGCGUCGUCUUCCCCGGAGUCGAGGACCUCGAGACGCGGGGCGAGGCAGGCUGGGCGUGUUGGAGCAAGCUAGCUCCAGGAGGAGGAAAAGUGGAGGUGCCAGGAACAGCUGCGAAGGAAGAAGAGGAGCGUCUGUGGAAGGUGGCUGAGGCCCGGAGAAUCAUGGAGCAGGAGAAGCAGCAGCUGGCCCUUGAGAGGGAGCCCGAGAAGCUGCAGGAAAAGUGGGAGCUGCAAGAGAAGAAGAGAUUACUGUGGGAACUGGAGAAGAGGAAGAAGGAGGAGUGUCACCAUCAACAGCAAGAGCCAAAGAAGCUGCAGGAGGAGCAGGAGAAGGCCAAGGAUGCUGCAGCUGCUGCCUGGGUCAGUAACAAAUGCUGGAAUGUAAAGGUGGAUGUGCAGAAUCUAGUUUGCAGCUCUUAUGAAAUGACCCCACAGGACCCUGCAGGAGGCCCCAAGAACAGCUAUGAUAACUAUGGCAUGGAUCUUCAUAGUGAUGACUCCACAGAUGAUGAGAACCAGCCCCGAAAGCCUACUCCUGCUUGGGCCAGCGGGUCCCAGCUCAGCCAGGCCAUCAUCCGUCAGUACUACAUGUCUCCUGACAUCGACCAGCUCUUUGGGACCAUCCCCAGUCAAAGGCUGGAGGACAUAUUCGACAAGAGUGAACUGCAUUAGCACAGGCGCACCGGCUCGGUUGACUGGCAUUCCCCGCUGCUGCCGGGGCCCAGCUACUUGUAGGCAUGUCCUAUGGCCUGAAGAAGCCGUGAGGAGGGUUGGCAAGGUCCCUCGUGGCUCUCACAUGAAUUCAGAAUGACUGUGCAUGUGUUUAAGAAUUGAAGUUGUUUUAGUGUAGGCAAACACAAAGGCGAGUUUGGAGCCAAAGGCCUUUCUAGAGCUGCAGUGGGAGCCAGGCCUGGGGGCAGCAUAGACCGAGACCCCAAGAAGCUGCGAGCGAGCUUGAGGGCCAGCAGCGCUUGAAGCACCCACACAAUGAGCUGGCAGCCCCCCUACCUAUACAGAAGUGCUAGGUAGCUAGUUUGAGGCUGAUGUUGGGCUCCAGAGUUUUGAGGGUAGACUAAUAAAAUGUUUUUCUUGG